CCCCUGACUGCUCCCUGUCGAGUUUCCCUUGCAUGAUUAUGGUGACGUAGUGGUACUGCUCCUCCAGUCUGACCGAGUUCACCACCGACGCAAAGCCCACGUCCACCAAAUGAACCCCUGCUUCCUCCAACACCUCUCUUUUUCCACCGACACCCGUUUUCCUCGCUCGACCUGCCUGGUGGCUCUGGCCCCGCCCUGCUCACCUCUCCCUCCUCUCACCUGUGAGACAGCAUUUUCCUCCUGUGAAACCAGGCGCCCGGACCUCUUCACGUCUCUGGAUCUUUUCUCCUCCACUGUUCUGCUUUUUACCAGAUUUCUCAGAGUGAGUGUCAAAAUGAGUGCUAAACUGUGGACAGAGGAGCAGUUCAACUGCCCUGUGUGUCUGGAUCUCCCUAAUGAUCCAGUCACCAUCCCCUGUGGACACAGCUACUGCAUGGGCUGCAUCAAGGACUACUGGAGCAAGGAUGACCCCAAGGGGAUAUACAGCUGCCCCCAAUGCCGCCAGACCUUCUGCCCCAAGCCCUCCCUGUCCAGGAACACCAUGCUGGCCGAGGCCGUGGAGCAGCUCCGCAAUGGGGCCCGCAAAGCUGACGUGCGUGAGUCCAUGCGGAGUGCCCGUGGGGGAGCUUCAUCCUCCUCAUCGAGAUCCAAAGGUAAGCUCUCCACCGCAGCGGUGCCGUGCGACAUGUGCAAAGGAGAACAGCGAGAGGCGGUCAAGAGCUGCCUGGUGUGUAUGAGCUCAUUCUGCGAGGCCCACCUGAAGCCCCACCAGACCAAGAAGGCCCUGAAGCAGCACGAGCUGAUCCCACCCACAGGCAACCUGGCUGAGAAGAUCUGCACCCAGCACAAGUACCUGCAGGAGUUCUACUGUCGCCAGUGCAAGAUGUUCGUCUGCUGGCUGUGCACCAGCAGCACGCACAAAGGCCACGAGUGUGUGUCCACCAAGGCUGAGCGGCUGGAGAAACAGAAAAUGCUGUCGGAGAUGCAGGCGGAGAACCAGCAGAGGCUGAAGGACAGAGAGCAGGAGCUGAAGGACAUGAAGAAGGUGAUGGAGGUGAUGAAGCGUUCUGCGGGCAGGGUGCACGACGACACGGAGCUGGCGCUGUCCGAGCUGCAGCGCUCGGUGGAGCGUCUGCAGGAGCUGCUGGAGGACUUGCUGGAUCAGGCCGGCCUGGAGAAGAUGGAGCAGGCUCAGGAGGUUGCAGACAGCCUGGAGGCCGAGAUCAAGGUGCUGAAGAAGAGGGACACAGAGAUGAAGGACCUGGCCGGCUGCCAGGACCACAUCUACUACCUGCAGACAUGCGAGUCCAUGUGCACUCCCACGGAGACAGGAGACCUCCCCCCUGUGCUGGUCAAUCCAGACGCCUCCUUUGAGCCCGUACGAGACGUCAUCCUGGACCUCAGGGAGAAAGUGGAGGACCUGUGCAACCAGGAGCUGAGCAAGAUCACCAAACAAGUCAACGACACAACAAUGUUCACGCUGGGAGAUGCCAACCGCAAUGCAGGGAAUAAAGGAGGGCUUUUUAAAUUGUUUUCUGGUCUGGGUACUCGUAACACAAACAGCCGCUCUCAAGCUUCCACACCCAGUAUCUCAAUUGGAGGGAGAAGUACGGACAGACGAGCACUUGGCCUCAAAACUCAAGACGUGAGGAGCAGAGACGCGCCACGAGACAGAGGAAACUCCCCCAGACCUCGGGACAGACAGAGGCGAGAGGAAAGAGAGACAGUGAGGGAGACCAUCUCCAGGCCCAGUCCCACUCCGAGCCGCAGAGAGUCUCAGUCUCUUUGGAGCAGGUCCAGUCAGAGCCAGGCGGCCCCUGCUGCAGCACCAAUCCCUAUACCGACUCCAAUCCCAGCCGCUCCAGCUCCAGCUCCAGCUCCAGCUCCAGCUCCAGCUCCAGCUCCAGCUCCAGCUCCAGCUCCAGCAUCCACUGGAGCUUUCAGCCGGAUGGCGUCCAUCAGCAGCCUCUUCCGCUCCCAUCGGCGUGGCACCAACCCGGCCACCCCAGUUAGUAACUCACCGUUUGCAGGAGGAAACCCAUGGGGGGUGUCUGCUGUGCCGGAAACACCCACAGAAAUUAACCCCGGUCUCUUCUUGGACACGCCUACCCCCAACGCCAUGAACCACGCGCCUGCUUUCCCUGCAUUGAGAGAGAUCAACAUCGACAGCAUCCAGGCGCCAGAGCCGAGGAGCAGGGAGGAGUUCCUUCAGUAUGCUGUGGAUUUGACCCUCGACCCCAACACAGCCCACAGGCGGCUAGUUCUCUCUGAAAGCAACACUAAGGCCACCCUGCAGGGAGCAGCGCAGCCCUACCCCGACACCCCCCAGCGCUUCGACGGCUGGACCCAGGUGAUCGGCCAGGCCCCGCUGUACGGCCAGCGCUGCUACUGGGAGGUGGAGUGGAGGGGCCGGGGCUCCUCCAUGGGCGUAGCCUACGGGGCCUUGAGCAGGAAGGGCUUGGACGCCAGGUCGGGGCUUGGUUACAACGCCCAGUCCUGGACCCUGGAGCUGUCGGACACCUGCUGCGCUGCCAUGCACGACAACGAGAAGAGGGACAUACCAGUGACCUACUCCCCUCGGCUGGGCAUCUACCUGGACCUGUCGGCGGGGACGCUGACGUUCUACAGCGUGGCAGAGAGCAUGACACACCUUCACACCUUCCGGGCCAAUUUCACCCAGCCGCUUUACGCUGCCUUCGGAGUGGGCUGCGGCGUCGGGGUGGGUCUGGACUUCGCCCUCGGCCAGUUCAGCUCUAGCUCUGACAGCAUUAAGAUCUGUCCCAUAUGAGGGGGCAGGCUGGAGGGCGCCGAUCGGUGGAUAAUGCUCCAUUCAUGUCUUCAGACCAACUGACUUCACAGAGUUAAACCCAGCAGCUUUGACGUGUCUAUGUUUAUUGAAAGCUGUCCGGACACACCGACUGAAAAGAUUUAUGAAGUGUGGCUGCACCUGAUGUUUUUUUUUUUCCUUAAAUGCACUUAAUUGAAGAAAUGUAUAAUCAAUAUUGUAUUCGGUUGUACUGGUGUUUGGCUCUGUGGUUCACCACUUUGACUGAAAUAUGUCAAAGGGUGCCUAGUUUUGUCAAGGCCAGAACAAGGAGAUCUCCCAAGUCCCUCCGUUCUGACUGUGCACAGGUACGUUGAACACACAAACACAAUACAUGUGCAUGGCAAAAGAGCUCCGGAGUGUGUCCAGCUGAAAGCAGACAUGAGUGUAUUUUCCCAGAUGAAGACAAAAACAUUCGGUUACCAAUAAUGAAAUAAAAAAAUCAGUUGGGAUAUUUUUCUCCGUGUGACCUUAUGAACCAAUUUCCUACGCAUAAUGUGAGUAAGAGUAAACCAGUCGGUGAGUCACUGUCUUUGUUUCCAUUGCUUUAUUUUAAAAAAAGAGGCAACCGAAUAAUAGCCAUGAGUAGUUUACAUCGGAUCAUGAUCUUGGAGGGAAGGGGAGCAGAAAUCAUGGGACAUUUUAGGUUUUAAGCCAAAGAAAGACACAAAAACCUGAACCGCCCGCAUUAUUUGUAAAACUGAAAUGACAACGACAUCAAAUGAAAAGAUACGAACAGUCUGAAUGUGCCUUCUCUUCUUUCCUCUUCUCCCAAUCCUACAGACAAAACAUUAAACUGAAGCGUCCUCCUUUGUUAAAUACGUUAUAAUGCAUCACAUACACACAGACACACGUGUGAGCAAGAGUAUUUCCAUUUCUUCAAAAUAAAACUUUUGGUGUCUUUUGGAUUUCCCUUCUGUGGGCCUCUAAGCAAAAAACAAAAGCAAAAAAAAAAAAAUUAAAAAAUACUGCUAUUUAUAUUAAAACCUUAGUUCGAAAUGUUAGCCGACAUUGAUACAACAGGCACACAUAAUGCUAAUUUUCUCAUCAAUAUGUUAGAAUCUAUAUACGUCAAAUAGUUGUGUCAGUAAAACGAGGUUACAUUAAAAAAAUAAAAUAAAAGUGCAGUAGCUGAGUGGGAGGGUCCGGUUGGAAGGUUGAAGGGUCACACAGCCCUACACUCCCUGUAUCUAAACAUGAUGUAAUAAAUGAGUGUAUAAGAUGAACUUUAAUAUGCGUUCCUACAGGGACACUCCCACCUGCUGGCCAGUUGGUGUCCUUGAAAUAACCCUGAAACACAUUAAAUAAACCUGAAUGUGAUACACAACUAAACUACUGUGUCAAUGGUUUUUCCCUCUCUAACAGACUGAACCUGAACAUCCCGCGGGCCUGAGAUAAAGAUGGUGGCUGAAAACGGAAACAAUAUUCCUCUCUUAAAAAGCCCAAGGCCAUGGUGAAAUGUCUUCAACCGAGCAGUGAUCCUCAAACAAAACUCCAAAUCCCACUGAGUGCAACCAAUAUAUACAAACAUGGCUCCAACAGGAACACAAAUCAUAACAGUGCUGGUUCCUACUUAAGGCCUCAUACCUUCAAAA